AUGUUCGCUCCUUCUGAAUUAUUUUCGAAUGAUAGUUUGAAUAUUAAAUCGAAAGAAAAAUGUCUGAAUAUUCCUUAUUUCAUCAGAGGUCACAUUCUGUACCUAUUAGACAUACAUUUACAACGUUGCAUGUACUCAUUUUUAUACGUGUAUUCAAGUGAUAAUAAUUCAACAUUAAAUUACGGAACGGAGAAUCCUCGAACGUUUAACUUGAAAAAGCCACCACCAUUAAAACAUGAUAUAUUACCUUCGCCUUCAUCAAUAACGACAGGACAAAAUAUCUUACAAUUUCCUUCUAGUGAAGGCUUUCAACCUUUUCCUGUAUCAAAGUCUUUUCAUCUCAAUACACCUUCUUCUUUGGAUGAAGAAGAGCAAUCCCCUUCCAACUUUUUUUGUGCACCAAAAAAUAUUUUGAAUAUAGUUGACUAUGACAAAAACACAAUCAAUUAUCCAGUCAUGUUAAAUUGUAAAAUGGAUAGAGGUUUCUUUUUUACACAAUCACAUUGGACCUGUUAUCGUAGAAACUAUUUUCAAGUCACUUCUUCUUUAGUCAUCGCUGGACACUCUGAUCAAGUUCGUUAUGCUUUACAGUUGGAUUCAUCAGAUAGAGCGAUUAUUCAUCAAUUCUCAAUAAGCCUCAAGGCAUGUGCUCUCACGGAUCCUUUAUUAGAGAAACAGAGUCUCAUCAGACCUAUCACUCUCAUUCAAAUGACAGCAAAACGUGAUAAGGGACCUCAAAGGGAACCGCCUACGUUGGCCAUUACGCCCUCAGCGGAUUCGAUAGAACAACAUCUUUGUGUCACCUUUGAACGUUUACAGUUUAAAGUCGCUACUGCCAAUAAUGGGAAACGUAAAGCGUCUCAACAAUACUUCCGCUUAAUAUUUCAAUUAAUAGCUCAAUUAAACGAUGGUAGUGAACAUGUUGUAUCUGAAUGUUAUUCGUUACCGUUAGUUGUCAGAGGUCGAAGCCCUGGCCACUAUGCCUUUGGUGGACAAAAGCGACUUACUGCUACUGGAGAGAAAAAGAAGAAGAGGAUGACGAUGAUGAUGAUGAUGCAUACAACAACAACAACAACAAAGAAUGAGAAGAAAAGAGAAGAAUCUAAUAAAGAUACAUCAUCCUUGAUUCAUUCUCAUUGUACCUUUAACUCUAUUAUAGAAGAAGGUGAAGAAGAAGAAGAAGGAAAUCAACACAAUAAUGAAGUUUUAGCAACAUCAAACUUACCUUAUUCACAACAGCAACCUGUAUUAAUGAACGAACACUUGACUAACUUUCAUACUCGUUCCCAAAGUGCAAAUAGUUCAGAAUUCUAUGAAAGGCAACAACAGCAACAGCAACAGCAACAACAACAACGUGGUGCUAUGAUGAAAUAUCAUUAUCCUCAUCAACAACAACAACAACCUAUACUGAAUUCACAUAGUGCUAAUCAUAUCUUGUUUGAUCAUCAAUAUGACACUGUGGCUGAAGGAAGAUCGUUAAGAAUGUGGCAAAACUAUCAUCCAAGAACAGAUUCUUAUCCACAAAAUGAUCAUCAUCCUUAUUAUAAUAACAAUACAGCAACAUUAUAUCAACAUCAUUCUUCCUGGGAUACUGAUGAUGAUAGUCAAUUUAUCAAACAACAAGAAGACCAAUUACAUCAGCAAUCAUCAUCAAAAUAAUUAACACAUUCUCUCCUUUAUCGCUUCCUCUCUCUCUCUCUCUCUCCUUUUUUUUUUUU